GGGACGCACGAUAGGCAGCGCGACGCCUGCGGCGAAACAGUCGACGCUCCACCGGCGUCCCGACGUUGAUAUCUCGAUUCGAGGACGGUGAUUUCGGUCUCGGGGGUUGAGUGAUGUGAUGUGGACGAUGACCUCGGGACUGAUCGUUGGGGUGGUUUUUUUCGUUGUGGUUUUCUUUGGAGAUGCGCUCUCUUUGAAAAAUGUCCUACUGACGAUCGAGCCCAAAGUGGUGCAGCGCUUCAACCAUUCCGUUCUGCGAUGCUCCUACGAUCUAGAAGGCGAUGCACUCUACUCGGUGAAGUGGUACAGAGGCCGAUACGAGUUUUACAGAUAUACUCCCAGCGAGUAUCCGAGCAUAAAGACUUUCCCGUUCAGAGGUAUAAAUAUCGAUGGAUACAACUCCAACUCGACUCAAGUGGCUCUAAGAGAUAUUGAUUUCAGUAUUUCAGGAAACUUCAGCUGUGAAGUUACUACAGAUGCUCCAUUUUCAACGGGCAGUGACACCAAAACGAUGGUAGUUGUUCAGCUACCCGAGCAUCCGCCGACAAUAAGCGUGGAGGGGGAACCCCUGGACUAUGGGGACACUUUGCGGGCCAACUGUUCCUCUUCGCCAUCCAAACCAAAGGCCACUUUGACUCUGACGUUGAAUAAUUUAACGGUAGCCAGAAGUAGUGCGUCUCCCUCCCAGAAACACCCAACGUGGAGUGACCUUCCGCUGCUGAUGGUUCUUUCAGAAGCACACUUCAGUGAUGGUCGACUAGUCCUUCAAUGUGUUUCAGAAAUAGGUGCCAUCUAUCGAGAAGUGGCAGUGCUCAAGCUAGGUAGUGUUAGAGAUCCCGUCCCAGAAAGAGUUACCUUCAACUCUUCCUAUAGUGAUUCAGCAUCACGGACAAUGCUUCAAAUAUUAUUGAUCAUUUCGAUGUUGUUAAUGUUAAGCUAGACACUUAAGAACAUGUUUAUAUGUAUAUGUUUACAAUAAGAAAAUAUGUAAUAAGUUUUUCAUUUUGUAAUUAGCUGAUUAUCGACGUUGAAAAAAAAAUGAUUAUUA